AUGAGGCAGACUGCGGAAACUUGGGUUGAACCAAGCCACUCAACCGCUGGGUUUACACUGCGCCACUGCGGCCCAGGCAGCGAAUUAUCGUCCCUCAAGUGCGACCAGCUGAGCAAUAGAUCCCUGCACGCCACGCCUCCCCGAGCGAAUAGUUCGAACCCGUCUCUUUUUUUACCUUUUCUGUCCCCUUUGCCCUGUGGCCCUAUGGUUCACCAUGUGUCCAUGUACUUGGUGUCGCCGCAUGCUAGCCAAAGGGACGACGUUCAAGGUACAGAGAGCCUACCGAGGGGAGGAAGCCACGCACCAGUUCAAUGGUAUGGUGCCUUUUCGUAUUUCUCAACCGUCGACCGGCGCAAGCCAAUGGCUGACGCGCCGUUGUUUCUCCUACCGAAGCCAGCGAGCCCUGAUUUUCACGAUAAUGGACCUCUAUUCCUUGGACGGCAACCCACGGCAGACGAGACGAGACAAGACGACCGCCCGUUAGAGCUUCUGGAGAAUAUCGUCUUUUUGCGAACGGACUGGCAAGAUGAGGAAGCUAACACGAGCCCGCUGCCGCCGCAUUCCGGGUGGUCCACGCGCACAACGGCUGAGCCGCCCAGCGCUUCCCUCCCUACCGUCUGCUCCGUACGCCGGGAGUGCGACUCUCAAGGUUCAAUCGGCCUUGCAUUGUUUGGUCACAGGGCAACUGUUGUCUCUCGUAUGAGACGAGAGAAGAGAGGGCCUCAAGAGCCUCGGAACCUUGAGAGCCCAUGGAAAUGUAGUCUAUUCCACAACGAAGACCUUGAUCUUGACAGACGGGAACCCCGAGUCCGCCUCCAGCUAGACGAAUCUCUCUGUCCCUUACUCUCCCACAUCAAGAGAGCCGGUGGAUAUAAUGGCGUAAGUCUUCGCCGCCCGACGCUAUGUAAAGACGGGUCCCCAUCCACCCACGGCCGCAGUACGGGCACAAGCUAUUGCUGGGGUACAGAGAAAGCAUCUCACCCGCGCAGCAAGCAAGCGAGCGAGGAAGCGAGCGACAGUUACGUCGCCCAUCUUGGCUGUACCCAACAUAGCCACGCUUGCUUGCGUGUUGCCAGUAUACCAUCUACCGGCGCAUCUUUACGACGAAAAAGAAAAAAAAAGGCGGGGAGAUAUCCUCGACAUUCCGGUGUUUCCAUCAUCUUCUCCGUCUUCAACUCGUCGGCGUUACCGACUCUCAAGUCCGGCCCGAGAGAGCCCGCCGGCGGCGGUGGUGGCGGCAGCAGCAGCACAGAACUUUGA